GCCCCACCGGCGCGCGCGCCGCUGACUGUCACUCGCGCGCCGAGCCCGCGCGCCAUACCAUGCGUCGGUCGUGAAGUGUAGUGAAAAUUGUAUAAAGUAAAGUUUAGUGACAAAAUGAUGCUCCCAGCUGUUGUGUUUGUACUCGCUGUCGCUUCAGAAUGCCUAGCGGCCCAAUCAGAUCGCUCACGGCACGACAGCAGGCGCUCUGGACCAAUCAGAAGCGUUCCUGUAGCCGCUGACAUCAAACGGGAUGCCGACUUCGACUGCCCUGAAGAGUUCGGAUAUUACCCACACCCUAACGACUGCACUUUAUACUACGUAUGCGUAUUUGGCGGCGCUCUACUCGAAUCUUGCACUGGUGGCCUUAUGUACAGCCACGAGCUCCAAACAUGCGAUUGGCCGCGCAACGUUGGCUGCGACGCCACCGGCACCGGCGCAGCCCUGGUCUCCGACGACCUCGAACGCAUCAGCGAGCGGGAACGCGACCCCCCGCCCCCACCUCCGCCGCGCCGCAACCCGCCACCACCGCCUCGGGUGCAGCCCAACCCUGUCGUUACCUCUAGAGGACAACCCAAGUUCAACCGAGAUGAAUACGAAAAGCAACAAUUAUAUGCUGAUGUUGAAGAUGAUCUACCACCAGUCGAAGAAAUCGAAAGCGACAGACAACAACGUGUAUAUCGAGGACAGCCAUCAACCAUUGGACAAGUGCAGAAAGACAGGGACGGUUAUGUUUCGCAAGUCGCCAGCACUGGAAGAAAUCUUAACAAUAACAUUAUUCCUGCAUCUAUUUCACAAAACAAUGGUAAAAUAGGGUCCUUCUCUUUUGGCACACAAGUUGAAGAAAGAAGAACAGCUACCGCUACUCAAGCACCUCAGACCUAUCGCUUGGAACCAGUUGACAACGUAACUCCAGCCACAUACACCGCCAGCCCACGUCCUAAAAUGCUGUAUAAUGGAACUCAAAAUUACUCUCCUGACCAAUUUGAUCCAUACUACGCUGUUUACGAUGAAGAUGGUGAAUUAUAUAAAGACACAGAUUAUGUUCAACAAUAUAACACGGCCUCGCUCCGCCCUGCAGUCCAGCAGACGUACCGCGGCACCCCGCCCCCGGUCAGGAGACCUGAGCCCGUGCAGUAUACGCAGAGACCGUCCGCUGACGACUAUGAUGACACACUUAUCCAAGGACAGAUAAGUAAUCAGAAUCAAUACCAAGCACCGGUCCGUCAAUCAACCAGGGGCGAAGGUAACGAAUUGGGUUACGAACACCCUAGCAGUGUGAAGACGACGAUUUACGAAGCUACCUCUAUUAGCACUACUCCUACGACAAGCACUAGCACAACCACAACAUAUCGCCCUACUACUGCACCCUUCACCGAAGCAAUGACCCCGUCUAGAUACUCUCCAAGAUCAUCCACAGAUGAGAACCUUAACCUCAAUCCUAAUAAUUCCUCAGACCAAAACCCUUCUGACGGGUCCCCUAUGACAGUUCCCACUUCAAACCCUAUAAUAAACCUUUCAUCCCUCGCUAAGCCCUUUGAAAAGACUGAUAAUACUCAUAGGUUGAAAGAAAACUUACCAACUGAAAAACUGACCCAUAGACAUUCUCCUCGUGUGACUAACAAAAACAAUAAUAUUCCGGUGGAAGUGGUGAAAACCUCUUCUAAUGAAAACAAAAAGGUCAUUUCCCUAACUACUGGGUUCUCGAUUAGGCGAAACCCCAACAAUACUAAUAAUCCCUACACAUUGACGGUUCUGACCAGGCCUUUUGAUAAUUACCAUAAAAGUCGAAAGCAUAUCUCGCCUGAAGAAAAAACAAAGCAACAAGUAACAGAAAUAAAAGAAGCUGAAUUAGAAAAUGUUCAAAAAGCAGUAGAAUAUGAACCACUCAUUGAUGAGGACAAUGUUGGAUCAUCAGAGAGUUCACUGCGUCGUUCCAGUAUUGAAGAGGAUAUACCUGUUUAUUCUAGACCCGAAAGUAGGCCAAAACUUUCAUAUCAAUUUUCUAGAGAAGAUUAUGCAACACCGCCAACAACCACUACAAAAUAUUACCUCAAAACAGUUAUCAAACGACCGGCCCCAGCUCCUUUUACUUACAGCACCGACCAGAAAGAAAGCUCUACAGAAAAUACUAUUGACACCGACGCAUUGAUUGAAACCGGACUUCGAAAUGUUAAAAAUACACAAAUUCAAGCAACUACUCCCAUAAACAGAGAUUUGCCAGAUUGGGAACAUUACAAAAGACCAAGUGAACAAUGGAAUAAACCUGUUGUUUCACCGUACAGAACUCUAAACAAUCUCAGAAACAACGAGAAAAAAAAUGAAGCUAUUGACUUUACGACCAGUACUGCUUCUUCAACUAGAUAUACCACAACACAGAAAGACAUAUUAAGUUCAACUGCUAAGCCUCAAGAAUUAUUUAGUUCUAAACCCGCAUAUUAUAGUUAUAAAGUCGAUGAUGACGAAGUCUCUGAUCAAACUACCGAAGUAUUUAGCGGUAAAGUAAAAUCUGUCAUAAAAGCUUUUCUGAGCAAUUUUGGUGGGGCUUCAAGUACGGAGAGAGUAAAACAGAUAGUGAGCACCGUUGCGCCUCAAGAAGAAAAAGUUGUAAACAUAGGUUUCCAAAAGAAAAUGUUGAAAUACAUAGAUGAGAAGCCUGUCCGCCAUCAUAUUCAACGUGUGCAUAUUAUAACAGAGCAACCGACUACUAGGUUUAGCCCUACAACUGUUGAUACUCCCAAUUAUACUCAAAGAGAUUUCGUAUCAACUACGAGUCAAUCAAUAUCAACCAGAGGAACCUCUACUACUACUACACCUGCUUCUUCAAUUUUUGCAUACCCUGAAACUACACCAACGCCAAUGUUGCAAACCCCAAGUAACAAUGUAUUACGCAACAUACCUAACAGAGAAUAUUCUGAUUCUAAAUUCAGCAGUUUUAACAAUUAUGUAACAGAAAACACACAAACAACUGUUAAACCACAGCCGGAAAAUUCUCGCAAAUUUCUUACGAUUAUCGAACAACCUUCCACUCAGUUAACAAAAAUUGACAGUACUUUUAAUAAUAACAUUGACAAUGAGCUAACAAAACUGACCAAAUCUACUGAAACAACUAAGACAACGACUGUGACAGAGCGUUACAGACCAGCUCAAGUCCUAGACGAAAUAGCUUCGACAACAAGUAGUACAAAAUCGACCACUACUUACAAAGUUGACGCGACACCGACGAAAAAGAGUUUAUCCUUUCCCACUCGCGCCUCUCGAGUGAAUCCCGCAAUAAAGUUAGCUGCGACAAACUCGGGAGUUGGGCGCAGGAGUUACCAAUCGACGAAAUGCUCUUCAGACAACAGUCUGCAACCGAACCCAAAAUGCAACGAAAUCAAAUACCAGAGACCCAGCCCCAGCCCAAGCCCCAGCAGCACUCGCGGUAGAGGGUCCGCCCACUACUCCACCUUGGAUCAGCCACAGUCCAACAGAGGAACCCCACCAACUCGCAGCCGCCCUACUUUGAAGCCAUCAACUGCCAUCGUGUCAAAGGCGACAGAGUUCGUGGACAUCUACACCAAUCCCCCGAGGAGACCAGCGCCUGUGUACCCGCAGCCGACACCGGACAAGACUGCAGCUAAGUGUAGGAAGGACGUGUGCCUGCUACCUGACUGCUACUGCGGUGGAAAGGAUAUACCUGGCGACCUAGAGGUGGACACGGUGCCCCAGAUCGUUCUUCUGACAUUCGAUGACUCCGUGAACGACCUCAACAAGGUUCUUUAUCAAGACCUCUUCGAAAAGGGUCGCGUGAACCCCAACGGUUGUCCAAUCUCAGCCACAUUUUAUGUGUCCCACGAAUGGACCGAUUACAGCCAAGUACAAAAUCUUUAUGCUGCUGGACACGAGAUGGCUUCUCACACAAUUUCUCAUAGUUUUGGAGAACAAUUCUCCCAAAAGAAAUGGAACAGAGAAGUGGGUGGACAGAGAGAGAUUUUAUCAGCGUACGGUGGUGUGAAACUAGAGGAUGUCCGAGGAAUGAGAGCUCCGUUCCUCUCAGUCGGAGGAAACAAGAUGUUCAAGAUGUUGUACGAUUCUAACUUCACGUACGAUUCCUCGAUGCCCGUCUAUGAAAACAGACCACCUAGCUGGCCUUAUACUCUUGACUACAAACUGUUCCACGACUGUAUGAUUCCGCCUUGCCCUACAAAAUCAUAUCCAGGAGUCUGGGAAGUACCUAUGGUGAUGUGGCAAGAUUUGAAUGGUGGCCGUUGCUCCAUGGGUGAUGCCUGUGCUAAUCCUCCUGAAGCUGAAGGAGUCUACAAAAUGCUUUUGAAGAACUUUGACAGACAUUACACUACAAACAGGGCACCCUUCGGUCUCUUCUACCACGCAGCGUGGUUCACGCAGCCCCACCACAAGGAGGGAUUCAUCAUGUUCCUUGACUUCAUCAACCGCAUGCAGGACGUGUGGAUCGUGACCAACUGGCAGGCGCUGCAGUGGGUGCGGGACCCCACGCCCAUCAACAGGCUCAACAACUUCCAGCCGUUCCAAUGCAACUAUCCAGACCGUCCUAAGAAGUGCAACAACCCUAAGGUGUGCAAUCUUUGGCAUAAAUCCGGCGUCCGGUACAUGAGGACGUGUCAGCCCUGUCCCGAGAUCUACCCCUGGACAGGCAAGACCGGCAUCAAAUCCUCUCGCAUCGACAACGAUAUUGAUGAAUAAACAACAAAUUACUCUAGAAUCGGUCACGCGGUCGAAACUAUCUAUUAAGUUCCGCAAGAUUAUGAGGAUAAAAAAAACCUUACAUCGUAUUGAUUGUCAGAACGUUAAAAUCGAACGUGAAUGAUAUGUCAAUUAAAUCCUCAUAGAACAGCGGCAAUAUCUAACUUGAUCCUAAAGGAUAAGACCAGUCAAAUUAUUAAGUGCUCCUUAAGCAAUACUGUAGUAUGCUUAAAUUGUGUAGCGGUAUGGAUCAAACUCUGUAUCUUUAAUGCAGUGAAAAUUGUUUUGUCACCAAUAGAGUGCCAUUUAGAUUUCGAUGGUCACAAAGCAAAUAUUAAUGUUAGAGUUAAACUUCUGCCGCGUGCCGUAAUGUGAUUCGAUUGCAUUAGUUCAAUUUUGUUUAUCCUUCUUAACAACCAUCGUUGUAUUGGGAACUGUGAUAUUAAGUGUUUUCAAUCAUUUGGAGUGAAGUUAUCAACGAUUUUAUCAUAAUUAUUGUCACACUUAUUUUAUAUUGUAACAAUUUUAGUGCAAUUAUUAUUGCAAUAUUAUUUUCCUAUUUUGUGUUCGUAUGUGCUAGUUAAUAAUACUGAAAUACUCUUUGAAUGACUAGAAGAGGCCUAGAUUAUAUUGUAUCUUAAUGUAAAUUAGAAAGAGUGAUAAUCACUGUUAUAGUUUUCAGUAUUUGAACGUCAUUCUGGUACAGAUUACCAUUUUCAUUUUUAUAUAUGAGAGCCAUAUUAAAAUUUAGAAAAUCAAUUUUUCUAAUCUUGCCAGCUUUGUGGUUGACACUGCCUUUUAAUAUAAAUUUGUAAAUAUAGAGUUAGUUUAGUCGAUACUUAUGAAUUAGCGUUCUUUCACUGCAAAAUAUAUCACCAAAUAUAACUGUCUAAUAUACAUAAUAUUUCAAUGUUUAAAUCAAACAAAAUAGCCGAUUGAUGUACUUCAACAACAAACAACAAACUUUGAAUUAAAAAUACACAUCUUAUAGGAAAUUUCCGGUGUUAGAUAGAUGUCUGACUACAUCGCUGUACAGUGAUGAAGCACAUGUCUAUUCGACUGCUACUUAAGAACGCUAUGUUUAGGUUUAAGUCCGUAUGAGUUUCUAAUAAGGGUCAUAUUUUCUGAUUGAAAUCGAAAUUUCUUGAAACGAACAAUAUAAUUUAUACGUUUAGCUUCGAUUUAUUAAUGUUUAUGUUAUGCUCUAUUUAAAUCCAAUUGAUGCCAAUGUAUAUAUGAUAAAAUAAAUGAAAUAGUAAUGUGGCAAUAUAUACAAAGUAAUUACAAAUAGCUUGCAUGAACUGCUAAGUAAUAAUAUUUAAGAUUAAGUUUGUGUUCCAAGUUUUGCAGACAUCAAUGUAUCAUUUAAAAAUAUACUCGUAUAUAUAUUUGGUAAAUCAUGAGAUUCAUGAGGCAGAAUAGAAACGCUAUUUUUUCUAUGACCGAAGCUAUUUCUUAAAAGUUACAUUAAGUAAAUUAGUGCUUUGGUCUCAUAUUCAUUCCGCUGUAGACUAAAGUGAAUAAGAAACGCUUGCAACGAAUCUAUUUAAAUCUAGAUAGGUACCUAUUAAGUAUUUAAGUCCUAAUUUUGUAAAUAUAGAUUUAGUAUUUAAAAUUGGUAGUUUCACUUUGAAAUGUAUUGUAAGAUUUUUGUAUUUUCGGCUAUACUGAGUGUUUUGGACAGGAUUUUAAGCACUGAGGUCAUUUAUGGUGCAAUUUGAGCUGAGGUAGUUUUUUUUUUUAUUUCGAUGUGUUUGGUUAGCUGUGUGCCUGAGCUAUUAAAUUGCGACCAGUGCUGUUUAAUAAACUGAAAUAAAUA